CUGAGCAAGUAUCCGUCCUGCCCUCCUUCCUGGCCUGGCCUGGCCCGGACAGCGCUCCCUGGAGAAGGAGCUCUUCCCCGGCGGCUGGACCAGGGAGCCAGCCUUAGGCACCAGAGGGCCUGUCCUGACCAUGGUCCCAGCCUGGUGGUGGCUGCUCUGCCUCUCCCUCCCCCAGGCUCUCCUCCAGGCCCAGCCUGCAGCGCUGCUCGUGGAAGUCCCGGAGAACUACGGCGGCGACUUCCCUUUGUACCUGGCCAAGCUGCCACUGCCCCCUGAGAAGGCCGAGGGGCGCGUUGUGCUCUCAGGAAGUUCAGAGGGGGCAUCUGAGGGCCCCUUUGCCGUGGAUGCAGAGUCUGGCUUCCUGCUGGCGACCCGGGCCCUGGACCGAGAAGAGCAGGCGGACUACCAGCUCCAGGUCACCCUGGAGACCGAGGACGGGCGCGUCCUGUGGGGCCCGCAGCCCGUGCGCGUGCGCGUGAAGGACGAGAAUGACCAGGUGCCGCGUUUCGCGCAGGCGCUCUACAGAGUCCAGCUGGGCCGGGGCACGAGGCCGGGCGUCCCUUUCCUCUUCCUGGAGGCCUCAGAUGGGGAUGAACCCGGCUCGCCCAACUCGGAUCUUCGAUUCCACAUCCUGCACCAGGCCCCAGCCCAGCCUUCCCCUCACAUGUUCCAGCUGGAGCCGCGGCUGGGGGCCCUGGCCCUGAGCCCCGAGGGGAGCGCCAGCCUGCACCAAGCCCCAGAGGGGCCCUACCAGCUGUUGGCACAGGUCAAGGACAUGGGUGACCAAGUCUCGGGCUACCAGACCACAACCGUCAUCGACGUCUCAGUGGUAGAGAGCACCUGGGGGGCCCUGGAUCCUGUGCACUUGGCAGAGAAUCUCAAAGUCCUGUACCCGCACAACAUUUCCCAGGUACGCUGGAGUGGGGGGAAUGUACAUUACCACCUGGAGACCCAGCCCCCUGGGCCCUUCCAUGUGGAUGCAGAGGGGACGCUCUAUGUGACCGGGGAGCUGGACCGAGAAGCCCAGGCUGAGUACCUGCUCCAGGUGCGGGCGCAGAACACCCGAGGCGAGGACUACACGGAACCUCUGGAGCUGCAUGUGGUGGUGAUGGAUGAGAACGACAACGCACCUGUCUGCCCCCCCGUGAACCCCCCAGUCGGCAUUCCUGAGCUCAGUCCCCCAGGCACCAAGGUAACCAGCCUGUUGGCAGAAGACGCAGAUGCCCCUGGUUCCCCCCAUUCUCAGGUUGUGUAUCGGCUGCUGAGCCCUGAGCCUGAGGAGGGGGCUUUCGAGCUAGACUCUGCCUCCGGCAGUGUGACCCUGGGGGCUGCCCCACUCCGAGCCGGCCAGGAUUUCCUGCUCCAGGUGCUGGCCACUGACCUAGGAGGAGCGGAGGGCGGCCUCAGCAGUACCUGUGCGGUCACUGUCACCAUCUUGGACAUCAAUGACCAUGCCCCCGAGUUUACCACUUCCCAGGUUGAGCCCAUAAGCCUCCCUGAGGAUGCAGAGCCUGGGAUGCUGGUGGCCACACUCAUGGCCACUGAUGCUGACCUUGACCCUGCCUUUCGCCUCAUGCGCUUUGCCAUCGAGGCGGGGAAUGCAGACGGGACCUUUGGCUUGGACUGGAAGCCAGAUUCCAACCAGGUCCAACUCCGACUCCUCAAGAAACUCAGCUACGAGGCAGCUCCGAGUCACACGCUGGUGGUGGUGGUGCUGAGCGCAGCGGAGCCAGCGGGGCCAGGCCCAGGCCCCGGAGCCACGGCCACGGUGACUGUUCUGGUGGAGAGGGUGGUCCCUGGCCCCGAGCUGGACCAGCAGAGCUAUAAAGCCAGCGUCCCUGUCAGCACCCCAGCCGGCUCCCUGCUGCUGACCAUCCAGCCUGCUGGCCCGAUGAGCGGUUCUCUCAGGUUCUCCCUGGUCAAUGACUCAAAGGGCUGGCUCUCCAUUGAGGACGUCUCGGGGAAGGUGCACACGGCCCGGCCCCUGCAGGGCGCCCGGCCCGGGGACAGGUACACGGUGCUCGUGGAGGCCCGGAAAGAAGAUGAGCUGAUGCCGAGCACCUCCGUGACCCUUGUGAUCCACUUUGUGAAGGCCCCUUCUGCCUCAGCCCUGACGCCCACGCUUGUGCCCACGCAACACCUCUGCACACCCCGCCAGGACCACGGCGUGGUUGUCAGCGGGCCCAGCAAAGACCCCGACCCGUCUGGCAGGCACGGGCCCUACAGCUUCGCCCUUGGUCCCAACCCCACGGUGCAGCGGGACUGGCGCCUCUGGGCUCUCAACGGUUCCCAUGCCUACCUCACCCUGGCCCUGCACUGGGUGGAGCCGCGUGAGCAUAUAAUCCCCGUGGUUGUCAGCCACGAUGCCCGGAUGUGGCAGCUCCAGGUCCGAGUGAUUGUGUGUCGCUGCAACAUGGAUGGGCAGUGCAUGCGCAAGGUGGGCCGCAUGAAGGGCAUGCCCACGAAGCUGGCGGCGGUGGGCACCCUCGUGGGCACCCUGAUAGUGAUAGGCUUCUUGCUCAUCCUCAUCUUCACCCACUUGAGUCUGGUGAGGAAGAAGGACCUAGACCAGCCAAUGGACAGCCUGCCCCUAAAGGCAGGGGUUUGAAUGGUCCAGGCGCCAGCGCAGGGACCUCAGCCUCCACCUGAAGCUGUUGGGAGAAAGCCCAGCACUGCAGACCCACGGGGGGCAGGCCAGAGCAGAAGCGCCCUCCUGUGCGGGCAUGGACACACCAUUGCCAGACAGGUCUGCAGGGCCUGGACGCUAACUUUUUUAUGGGUUGCCUGAGGGAGUUCCUCGAAUGGCGGCAUGUCUGUCCAACAAUAAAGGCUCGGAGAGCCAGGAGGGCCCGGCGGGCUGCUGUGCCGAUGUCCGAGCAUGUGCGUGCGUGUGCGUUCU